UCACCUUACUCGAGAGUGACAAAAGUAAGGUUCUAAUUUAGGCAAGAAAGCCCAAAUCAUGGGUAUAAAAUAGGAGAUACCUGGUGACUUAAUAGUAGUGACUGUGAGAAGGAUUUCAAAGUCCUAGUUGGCAAUCACUUAAACAUGAACCAGCAGUGUGCUGCAUCUGCCAAAAACAGCCGAUGCAAUCGGAGGGUGCCUUAGCAGAAGGAUAGAAUCAAGAUAAUGCAAAGUGUUAGUAACAAUUUAUAAUGGCUUGGUAAGAUCACACUUGGAAUAUUGCAUCAGUUCUGGUCACCACAAUAUAAAAAACAUGUUGAGACUUUGGAAAGAGUGCGGAGAAGAGCAAUAAAGAUGAUUAAGGGGCUGGAGUAAAACAUAUGACUAGGAAUGAUAUGAUAGCAAUGUUCCAAUAUUUGAGGGGCUGCCAGGGCUGGAAGAACAUGCUCUGUGAACCUUAAUGGGGAGGAAACAAUGAUUUCCUGGAGCUCCGUAACAUAGUCGUAGUCAAUAAAUGUGCUUCCAGAAGUUACUUGCAGCGUUGACCGUAGGAGCUCAGUCUGCCUCUGUUCCUUGUUUUCUCCUUCUAUUUGGACUGAUCCAGAUUUUGGCCUGCCACUCUCAGGGGCAGGAAUCGAUCCAGACCAUAGCCAAGAGGGCAACAUGCAGAAAUUUAUCUUCUUUUUUGCUGUAGGAGCCUGGGCUGUUACUCAAGGAACUGCAGAGGAAGAUUAUGUGGAAAUUUGGCCCCCAAAUCCUUUGGUGGAACUUGGAGGCUCUCUUGACCUGAACUGCACCAGUACCUGUGAACAUAUUGGCAUUGAGUCUGCCUAUACAAAGGUUCCCAUUGGAAAUGGUUCCAAUUGGAAAGCCUUUCGUCUCAGCAAUGUGAACCUCUGGGAAGCUGAACCUUUGUGCUAUGCUGAAUGUAAGACUGGACAGAAGAAAUCUCCAAAGGCAAACAUCAUUGUUUAUAAAUCUCCAGCGAAUAUUAAAGUGUUUCCAGUACCAGAUAUGGAAGUUGGCAAGCCGUAUAAGUUGACAUGCUGGGUUUUGUGGGUAGUCCCCAUCCGGAACCUCACCGUGACCUUGAUGAAAGGAGAAGAGCAGCUUGAGAUAAAAACCUUUGAGGAUUACACUCACCCUGAACUUUAUGCUGUUGAGGUCAACCAUAUCAUAACAGCUCAGGAAGAUUACUACAACAAGACAAUCACCUGCCAAACAUCCCUGGAUCUGAGACCAAGAGGACCACUCCUGAAAAGCACCUCCCAGGGCAUAUCAUUAUGGACUUUUGGAACUGCAGAGGAAGAUUAUGUGGAAAUUUGGCCCCCAAAUCCUGUGGUGGAACUUGGAGGCUCUCUUGACCUGAACUGCACCAGUACCUGUGAACAUAUUGGCAUUGAGUCUGCCUAUACAAAGGUUCCCAUUGGAAAUGGUUCCAAUUGGAAAGCCUUUCGUCUCAGCAAUGUGAACCUCUGGGAAGCUGACCCUUUGUGCUAUGCUGAAUGUAAGACUGGACAGAAGAAAUCUCCAAAGGCAAACAUCAUUGUUUAUAAAUCUCCAGAGAUUAUUGAACUGCUUCCAGUACCAAAAAUGGAAGUGGACAAGCCGUACAACUUGACAUGCUACGUUUUGUCGGUAGCCCCCAUCCGGAACCUCACCGUGACCUUGCUGAAAGGAGAUGAGCAACUUCUGAUAAAAACCUUUGAGGAUAACACUUGGCCUGAAGCUAUUGGUGUUGGGGUCAACCAUAUCAUAACAGCUCAGAAAGAUGACUACAACAAGACAAUCACCUGCCAAACAUCCCUGGAUCUGAGACCAAGAGGACCACUCCUGAAAAACACCUCCCAGGGCAUAUCAUUAUGGACGUUUGAUUUUGCAAAGAUUCCCCUGCUCCACGCUGGCCUGUUCUUAGAAGCUGGGACCCCGAUGAAAGUGACGUGUGAUGCACCUGAGGUUUCCCCAGCCGAAGAAGCCAUCUUUGGUCUGUGGUUUGCAGGGGAGUAUCUGACCUUCAACACCACUGUGAUGGGGGACUUGGCAAGUGCCCAGGCUGUGAUAGCCCCUUCCUCAGUUGGAGAGCAUCAGUUGCUCUGCUCGGUGUCUCUGGGGCCAGUGACCAAAAAUGUGACAAAGAUAGUGAAUGUGUUUGAUCGUCCCCAAAUAGAUGAUUCCAAAUGUCCCCAUGCCCUGACUUGGAAGGAGGGAAGUACAACAUCAUUUACUUGUUCAGCCAUGGGAAACCCCACACCAACUGUUCAGUGCUGGAAAGAUGGGCGACCUUAUAAUAUUGGGGAACCACAGCUAGUCCAGAGAGAGCAUGGUGGCAUUUAUCACUGUAAUGCUACCAACCAGUAUGGAUUUGAUGUUAGACAUGUGACCGUACACAUUGAAUCUCCUCAAUCCAUUGGCCAUAUCAUUGGCUAUAUAGUUGCUGUGGUGGGUUUUAUUGCUCUUGUGGCUGGUAUAGCUUAUUGGAUAAGCUAUAAACAAAAGAUUGGGGUAUACCGACUGCGGCCGCAAAAGAAGCAGCAACAGCCACCACAAACUGCUCAAAACUCAGCGGAGCAAAGAUUCCUGAACGGCAAAGCAAAUGUCUAAACAGACCGGUGUUUACUACAAACUGAAGAACCACUUGUCCCAAUGCCAGCAGGAGUGUAGCUGUGUUCAGUGUUCAUCACUCUACUUAGCUGCAAAAAGAAGAGGAUGUUAAUUACAUGCCGUCAAGUCAUUAUUCAUUUAUAUUUUCUUGGGCUGAGUUAUCUAGGCAUUUCUGAGUAAGAGCAUUUGUAAAAGCCUCAGUGAAAGCAUGCAACUGCAAAGGUGCAUUCCACCAUUGCUUCUUGAUUUUGUUGAGGAGAUCCUACUCUAAGUCCUACUUCAUGGUCAUCUGGGAGAAGAAAGUGUCUUGAGGAAGAAGAUUUUAUUUUUCUAUAGUGUAUUCUUAAGCACUUGGUAUAACUUGACAGCCUUCUUUGGGGAUGCUUUCAAUGGCAUCCUGGCACUGCCCAGGGGUAGAACAAUAGUUCUGAAGUGGUUGCCUGCAUGCUGCAGAUGGGACUUAGAAGUAAACCAAAAGUAUCUGUAACGCAACUCAUGCUCUUUGCUAACUUUCAUUAGUUAACCGCUUAGUUCAUUGCUAAGUUUCAUUGAAACUUCAAGCCCUCCAAAUGACUAUGAAUGACAGAUAUAACCACAGAAUAUAUGUCAACAUAUGAACGUUUUACAUAUAGGUAUAUAAUACUUAUUUCAAGAGGGAGGAGAGGAAGCCUUUGUGUUUCUCUUAUGCUGGGACCCAGUCCUAGAAAGAACGAAUAAUGGACCUUAAGAUACAGAGGGCUGAGAACCGCUGAUGUUAGAAUUCUUUUGUGAGAAAAAGCAAAUGCAAUCACUUGUGUUGAAGGACACUCCUUGGCAGAAAGAAAUGCAUUUGUGGCAGACAAGAUAUGUGCACGAAAGAAUAAGUUAAUGAAAGUGAGAUGCCUUGAAGGACCAGGCAGGAACAGACUGACCUUCUGGCCAUUCAUUUCCUCUUGGAGAAUGAAAGGGACAUGAUUAUAUGAGCACAUAUGUCCAGCACAUUAAAAAAUGAGUGACUGUC